UCGGGAUGUUUGCCAAACGAAGUGUAUUUUAGACACUUUUAGAUUGUAUCCUUAUAAAUUUAGACUCGAAAAUGUCUCUAAAAUUGUUGACAUUUACAUACUUUUGAAACAUAUUAAUAUGUACCGUUUGUUACAACGCAGUUUUAGAUAAUACUUUAUAUCAGUGUGGCGCAUCAAAGAUUGAAUAUUGAACAACUAGCAGAUUAGUUCUGUGAUAAGAUAGAGAUUUUAGCGAUAAAAAGAUAUGUGUAGUUUGUAAUGAUAAAAGCUUAAAUCAAGAUUAAAAAGAAACAAUAGAAUUAUGCAUGUUUAUGACAAUUCGAAAUAUACUGCUAAAGCAAAUCAUUUUGUUUAUAAGUAUUGUGUUUGGAGACAACUUUAGCAGAUUUAUGAAUUUCAUUGCAAUGCAUCUAUAUGGAGAUUUAAUGAACUUUAGCGUUUGAUAGAUUUUGCUGUUUUCUACAUUUGAGAACGGAAGGCGCUAUGAAGACUGAGUUUACUACUUUUGUCUUCAUUAGUAUGUGUACAGUUACUGUUCCUGGAGAGAGAAAAGAUAGAUCUAUUCCUGUUGAACAUUCGUGUAAUCGUCUCCCAUACAUUUUGAAAGGCACAGAGCUUCAGUUUAGUUAUAGCGCCGGGCACCUGACAGAUCGCAGCUGUGCUGUUACAGUUACUGCUAAUGCGCAGGACAAAGUCUGUGUAACGUUUGUGCAAUUUUACCUUGACUGUUAUACAGAUAUCAUUCUUGUUGACGAGGCCGUCCCAUUACAGAAAAAUAUAUACAAAUGUGACUCGAGGCAUACAUCGGACUUUUGUUCUCGGACGUCACUGGAGAUCAUUUUUCAACGGAAGAAAAAUCUACAGGCGGACAGCUUUGGGCAUGUGAAAUUAAGGGUAUACGGCAUAGCUGAAUCAGAUUCCAUCCCUGCCUCAACUGUAACUGUGUUGAUAGUUGUUGGUGGCCUGCUCGGUAUUGUUCUCCUUCUUGUGGCGUCGUCCUUUAUCUUAUCACGUAUUCUUUACCACUUCCAUCAUAAACACAGACGCCAGAAUGAACAACACUUUUCACACGAAGAAGCUCCUCUUGAACCACCGCCGCCAUACCCAGGGCCUGAUUCGGAGCAACAAGAAAUGAGUACAAAUUCAUCGCAACACUGAAACUGUACAAGACACUUGACUAAAUUAGUUUAUUAAAUGCCAAAACGCAAUUUGGGGAAUUUUUGUGAUCGAUAAACAUAUUUUCAACCAAGGGAAAUUAUAUAUAGUCGUACAGUGUCUGAGUCAUAGAAUUAUCUCUCUUGAAUCGAUAAUUUUAUGGUAUCUCUCCCGACUUACUCUUUUAAAAUUUCACUUUUCGAAGUGGAUAUUUUGAUAUGAAAAUGUGUUUUAGGGUUAUCAAAAUCAUGCACUAAAUUAUCAAAGCUGUAUUUUCCCGGUUUAAGUGUUUACUAAACGUCUUGUCUGCUUGCCUCAAAUUUGCAUAGGGGCUUAUGAUUUAAUGUCGGGACCCUACGGAAAUACUGCGCAUGCGCAUCGCGCCACUUCUGACUUUCCCCAACAUGUAAACAUGCUUCGUGAGUGCAGACGGAAUGAAAUGUAGCAUUUCUUGGAAAAUACGUAAAUUUAUCCGUUGUAACUUUACUGUGUUGUUGAAAAUUAAGCGUCCAUUUGAUCGUAAACAGAUAAGAAGGUUAAAGACCGAAAUAAAGCGUUUACGGGCCUGUCCGGUUUGGUGGUCGUCCGGAUUUGGUGGUCGCCAACCAGUAUAGUACAUAUUUCCGUGAAACUCGAGAUCUUUCAAACGAACAAAUGUUAACUGAAUAAGCACACACUAAAAGACUUUUAAAAACAUACAACAUAUACAAAAAACUAAUUAGAUUAUUUUUUAAAUCAUA